GCGCACGGCUGCUCCCUGGGGCCUGGCGUCGUGGUCGUGAGUGGUCCCGGCCGGGCGCCUGCGGUGUGCGCGGGUGCCGCGGGGAGGCGGCCUUCAGGCUGGACGUGGGGCGCAGGGCAAGGAGUUUCAGAGCUCCUCCCACUCCCGGAGGAACCGUCACCCAGGGCCAUGAUGCCACUUCCCCAUCACUGCGGGAGCCUCUGGGAGGAAUCGAGCUGACUCUGGCAUGAGCGCCCUGCCUUCCUGGGGGUGAGAGGACGCCGCCAUGGCUUCCCUGGACGACCCGGGGGAAGUGAGGGAGGGCUUCCUGUGCCCUCUGUGCCUGAAGGACCUGCAGUCUUUCUACCAGCUUCAGUCACACUACGAGGAGGAGCACUCGGGCGAAGACCGGGACGUCCGAGGGCAGAUUAAAAGUCUUGUCCAGAAGGCUAAGAAAGCGAAGAACAAGUUGUUGAGACGAGAAGGGGAUGAUCGAGCAGAGUCAGGGACCCAGGGCUAUGAGUCUUUCAGCUAUGGAGGAGUCGAUCCUUACAUGUGGGAGCCUCAGGAGCUUGGUGCGGUGCGAAGCCAUCUUUCUGACUUCAAAAGACACCGAGCUGCCAGAAUUGACCACUAUGUCGUCGAAGUCAAUAAAUUAAUAAUCAGGUUAGAGAAGCUCACUGCAUUUGACAGGACCAAUACCGAGUCUGCCAAGAUCCGAGCAAUAGAAAAGUCCGUGGUGCCUUGGGUCAACGAUCAGGACGUCCCUUUCUGCCCAGACUGCGGGAGCAAGUUCUCCCUGCGUAACCGCCGCCACCACUGCCGCCUCUGCGGGUCCAUCAUGUGCAGGAGCUGCAUGGAGCUCAUCAGUCUGCCCCUGGAGAAUAAGCUCACCAGCGCCAGCAAGGACUCGCUGAGCGCCCACACCAGCCCCAGCCAGUCGCCCAGCAGCGCCCAGGGCUCCCGCCGGGGCAGCAUCAGCAGCGUGAGCAGCGUGAGCUCCGUCCUGGACGAGAAGGACGACGGCCGCAUCCGCUGCUGCACGCACUGCAAGGACACGCUGCUGCGGAGGGAGCGGCGGCUGGACGAGGAGGGGCACGCCCCGCAGGUCGUGCGACUCUACGAGAAAUUACGGGUCUGCAUGGAGAAGGUUGACCAGAAGGCUCCUGAAUACAUCAGGAUGGCAACGUCGUUAAAUGCCGGGGAGACCACCUACAGCCUGGAGCAUGCCGGCGACCUGCGAGUGGAAGUGCAGAAAGUCUACGAGCUCAUCGACGCUCUGAGUAAGAAGAUCCUAACCUUGGGCUUGAACCAGGACCCUCCGUGUCAUCCAAACACUCUGCGGCUGCAGAGGAUGAUCCGGUACUCAGCCACGCUCUUCGUGCAGGAGAAGCUGCUUGGUUUGAUGUCCCUGCCUACCAAAGAGCAGUUCGAGGAGCUGAAGAGGAGGAGGAAGCAGGACAUGGAGCAGAAGGCGGCCCUGGAGAGACGAGCUGCCCUGCAGUCCCAGCGAAGGACGGAGGAGCGGCAGAGUGGCCUGGCCUCUCGUGCCACCAACGGAGAGCUGGCAUCUCUUUGCAGGGGCCCUGCCCCCGUGAGCAAGGCCGAGGGCUGGCUCCCCCUGUCAGAGGGGCAGGCCCAGAGUGAGGACUCAGACCCGCUCCUGCAGCAGAUCCACAACAUCACCUCCUUCAUCAGGCAGGCGGAGGCUGCGGCAGCUGCAGGACGAGUACGACCAGCAGCAGACGGAGAGGGCCGUGGAGCUGUCGCGGAGGCAGGCCGAGGAGGAGGACCUGCAGCGGGAGCAGCUGCAGAUGCUCUGGGCCCGGGAGUGGGAGCGCGAGCAGGAGCAGCUGCAGGCGGCCUCCCUGCACACGCGGACGCGGUCCCUGGACUUCAGAGAAGUCAGCCCUUUCCAGCUGGAGCCCAGCAGAGAGCCUCGCGGCCACCUCGCCUAUGCUUUGGACCUUGGCCCUUCCCCAGCUCGGGGCGACGUGGCUUCCCACAAUCCUUCGCCCGGCUCCGCCGCAGAGCCCAUCCGAGUGUGGGCUGGGCGCCUGGCCCUGGGCCAGGAGCACUUCCCCCAGAGCUCUGUGUCACAGCAGAAUGAGGUGUCCUCCCUCAACCCCUUUGACGAGGACGAGCUCCCCAGCCCCCUAGACGCGGGCCCUACCAGCCCUCCGGCAGAGGCGUCCUUCGGCCUGUCCACCCGAGUCCCCAGAGAGUACAAUCCCUUUGAGGAAGAGGAGGAAGAGGUGCCAGGGAACCCUUUCACUGAUCCAGACAGUCCUCCACCGAACCCCUUCGACGAGGAAGAAGAGCACCCCCACCAGAGUCCUUCCAGCCCCCCUGUUCCCGGCAACCCCUUCGUGAAAGCCGUCUGUACCAACCCCUUCGAGACGGACAGUGACAGUGGGCCGGAGGCGGAGGAGCCCAUCGAGGAGGAGCUGCUCCUGCAGCAGAUCGACAACAUCAAGGCCUACAUCUUCGACGCCAAGCAGUGCGGCCGCCUGGACGAGGUGGAGGUGCUGACGGAGAACCUGCGGGAGCUGAAGCGCACCUUGGCCCGGCAGAAGGGGGGUGCUGACUGACGGGGGGCAGGGCCGUGCGGGGCAGCCGAGCAGGAUGGCAGGGCAGGCGUGCCCCGGGGAGGGAGCCUGGGGCGAGGGCAGGAGCCUGUGUGGUGCUGGGCACUGGGAGCGGCCCACACAGUCCACAGUGAGACAGGGACUGGGCAGAAGAGCCAGCAUUCCUCACCCGCUGCUCUUCC